AUGGAUCCGAACAACGGUUCAAUUCCCUCUGCGGAGGAGGUCCUUGCUUCAUAUCAUCUACCCCAAGUGAAGCCACAAUGGCUAAACUGCAAUUAUGGCAAACAUAUUGUUAAGGGAAACUUCCUUACCCUUAGUGCUAAGCCUAAGACGGUAGAAAUGGGAGAGUGGAUAGCACAUCAAGUCGUGGACCACUGGCGGAUGCUUAUUACCUUCAUCAAACUCGUCCAUGACCGGGAAGAAGAUGGCAGCUCAAUCUGUAACGCUCGGAAAUGUCCCAAGAUGUCAGCGGGAGCCUCCCACUCCUUUACCUGGCUAAACUCGCGGCUCCAGCCGGUGGAAAUCCCAGCAUACGAAUACCUCAGCCUCGUCCAGCGCUACAUCAGCGGCAAGAUAGACGACGGCAACCUGUUCCCCACCGACCCGGCGGGCGUCUCCUUUGCCGACAACCCAGCCUUCUGCACCCCCCUGCCCGAGUCCGGACCAGACUGGAUCGGCAAGCGGAGCGGCUUCCCGCAGAACUUCAUGGAGACGUGCCAGACCAUCUUCCGGCAAAUGUUCCGCGUCUACGCGCACCUGUACUGGUCGCACUUUGAGGACAUGUUCUGCCUCAACCUGGAGAAGUCCAUGAACAGCUGCUUCAGCCACUUCAUCCUGACGGCCACCACGCUCGGCCUGCUGAAGAAGUCGGAUCUGGAGCCGAUGCAGCCGCUUAUUGACCUUUGGGCUGCCCUGGGCACUUUCCCCCAGGGCUGCAAGGCGUAUGAGAUUGCCAAUAUCUCAGUUGGACACCUGCUUAUCCAGAAGGCGGGUGGUCCACCCUCGAGCUAG